AUGAACAGAGCUUUCUACGAAUUAAUACGGUCGGCACCGAAGGGCCGUUGGAAUGGAAUUCAAAGAAACUAUGGACCUGAACAAGUUCAUCAAUUACGCAGUGGAGUCCAGAUUGAAUACACUUUAGCGACGAUUGGAGCGAACAAGCUGUGGAAGUUGUUAGAAACGGAGCCGUACGUUCAUGCGCUCGGAGCUAUCACGGGAAAUCAAGCAAUGCAAAUGGUUCGCGCUGGCUUGCGCGCGAUUUAUUUGUCCGGCUGGCAAGUUGCAGCAGAUGGAAACACAGCCGGAUCUAUGUAUCCAGAUCAGAGCUUGUAUCCAGCAAAUUCCGGACCGGAAUUGGCUCGUCGAAUCAACAAAACUUUGGAACGCGCUUCACAAAUCGAACAGUCUGAAGGUGGAGUGAAACGUGAUUGGUUCGCUCCAAUCGUUGCCGAUGCCGAGGCUGGAUUCGGAGGUGCUUUGAAUUGUUUUGAAAUCAUGAAAGCCUAUAUUGAAGCUGGAGCUGCCGGAGUUCAUUUCGAAGAUCAGUUGGCUGCGGAGAAAAAAUGCGGGCAUUUGGGCGGAAAGGAACGUGGAAUGACCGCUUAUUCAGAACUUCAGCAAGCAGAAUUUGACGCUGAAAAAAAUGGAUACACGGCCGUUCGGCAUCAGCGCGAAGUUGGAACCGGGUAUUUUGAUUUGGUGACCAUGGCUGUUGCAGGAGGAAAAGCGAGCACAACCGCCUUGUCCAAAUCCACCGAAACCGCACAAUUCACGGAACAAGCUCAAUCAAUGCCAGCUGGCAGCCCAUCGGUUCAUUCCCAAGCGGCGGUCAAACAGCAAUUUGUCGGAAGAAUGCCACGGUAA